AUGGCCAGAUCCCUCAUGCACUGCCUGCUGGGCAGCCUCAUCGCCGCCGGGCUCGCCCUCGCCGCCCCCGUGGAGGAGCAUCACGAGAAGAGAGCGCCGCAGAUAGCGUCCAUCUCCAACACCCUGCCGCUGCGGAAGGAAAGCUACCAGCAGAAGGAAGGCUCCAGCCCGAGCUCCGUCUUCCGCAACCACCGUGCCCUGAACUUCAACAUUGCGGCCGACGACCCGGAGGCAGCUCACAAUGGCAAGGCUCUGGCCGCCCGGAACCAGAUUGCCUACAUCACCGACGUCAAGGCGGGACCCGGCACGUAUCAGUUGAUCAUCGACACCGGCAGCAGCGACACUUGGUUUGUAAAGAAGGGAUUCCAGUGCAGAAACUACCGCAAGCAGCCCAUCCCCCUGGAGCAAUGCAUGUUUGGGCCCGAGUUCCAGGGAGACUUUCCUGGUGGGAAGAUUGCAGGUCAGCGGUUCAGUAUUGCCUAUGGUGACGGCAAUGGUCCAUACUUGCAGGGUGAGAUGGGAUAUUCCGACAUGACUGUUUCGGGUAUGACCGUGCCCAAGCAGCAGAUUGCUCUGGCCACUACAGGAGCUUGGGAUGGUGAUGGAGUCACAAGCGGCAUCCUUGGCCUGGGACUGCCGGCGCUCACAGAAGCGUUCAACGGCACCAGCGAUAAUGCCGCCAACCUCGUCACCUACGACCCCUUUGUCACCACCGUCGUCAAACAAGACGUGCCUCCUAUAUUCAGCCUCGCUCUGGCGAGGGAGUCCAACCGGUCUUUCCUCUCCUUUGGCGGCGUACCGCCCGAAGCCAAGACGGACGGGAACUGGGCAACGACAAAGAUUCUCAAGCCAGACGGCUUCGUCUGGAACACCCCCAGCGGAACCAACCAGACCGCCCGUUCGCCCAUGAUCAUCGUCGACAGCGGCACUACGCUGAACCUGCUCCCAUACCAGAUCGCCCAGGCCAUCAACAACGCCUUCGUCCCGCGCGCGGCCCUCGACAGCCAGAUGGGCGGCUGGUUCGUGCCCUGCGACGCCAAGGCCCCGGACCUCGGCGUCACCAUCGGCGGCAAGACCAUCUGGACCAACCCGAGCAACAUGAUCCUGCCGCAGGUCAGGCACCCGAUCACGGGCGAGUGCGCCACGGGCAUCGGCGCGACCAACGGCUUCCCCUACAUCCUGGGCGACACCUUCAUGCAGGAGCUCGUCUCGGUGUUUGACAUCAGCGACAAGAUGGAGUUGCGGUUCGCCAAGAGGACAGACUGA